UUGCACUUUAGAAUUCCAUAUCACUGCCACACGAUCAAUUACUAUCCCCUUUCAACUCUGCUUUCAGGCACCCCUUUCCAGCCACCUACUUCCAUACCUCUACUUUUGGUCCACAAAGUUGCCAACUUGAUAAUUCGCAUAUUUCACAUAUAUUCCUGUUCGUUGUCGGUAACGAUCACGCCAUGUCUAGACGGCCUCCCAACCCAGCUGCUGAACGAGCAGCCCAAAAUCAACAAACCAUUAAGAGUCUCUUGAAAUUAGACUCCAACAAGAUAUGCGCCGACUGCAAACGAAAUAAACAUCCGCGAUGGGCGAGCUGGAACUUGGGUGUCUUUAUCUGCAUUCGCUGCUCAGGAAUUCAUCGAGGGAUGGGUACCCACAUAUCGCGAGUCAAGUCUGUUGAUCUGGAUUCGUGGACAGACGAGCAACUACAGAGUAUCCUGAAUUGGGGCAAUGCGCGCGCCAACAAAUACUGGGAAUCGAAGCUGGCUACUGGCCAUGUCCCCUCCGAAGCAAAGAUCGAGAACUUCAUCAGAACCAAAUACGAACUUAAGAGAUGGGUAAUGGAUGGGCCGAUGCCAGAUCCUGCGAGCCUAGAUGUUGAAGGUGAUGACGACGUUCCACUAAGCAUCGUGAAAGAGAAGCAAAGUUUAGACAGAAAGGAGUCAAUUCGGAAAAGCUCCGUCGGGAAACAAGCUGCGCCGCGUGGUAUAGCACCUCCAGCUCCCCAAGCAGAUCUCAUUGGUGGCGACGAUAUCCCUCCGAGAGCGAGUACCGCCGGCCCAGCUUCUUCACAAGUUCCUCCCAAGUCAGCACCAGCUCCUCCAAAAGCAGUGAACACUAAAGACUCUCUCCUGGGAUUAGACUUUUUCGGCGAAGCGCCGGCUGCACCUCCGCGCCCAGCAAGUACGAAUAACGCGGGUGGAACAGGCAGUCAAUCGAGGCCUGACCUCAAACAGUCUAUUCUAUCUCUCUAUGCUUCGGCCCCACGGCCUCAGCAAGCGCCACAGCAGCCGUCACACUCCUCUUCUGGACCAUUCGGGGGGUUUGGAGCGAUGCAAUCUCCUUUGCAAUCCCCGACAAUGGGACACCAACCUCAGAAGUCAACCGGUGGGGGGCUGGAAGACGCUUUUGCUGGCUUGAGUUUUGGAAAAGUACCACCGCCGAAGAGUCCACAGAAUGAUGCAUUUGCUAGUCUAUCGAACAUAUCGAGCAACCGAUCUACCCCCCAGCCUGCGGCUUCGUCCUUCUCUGGCCUCAGUGGGGGUGGCUUCUUUGACCCCAAGCCCGCUCAAUCGGUACUGCAGCAGCCGAGGCCUUCAGUAUCGCCAUCUAACAGCUUCGGCGCAUUUGGUACACCGGCUGCUCCGUCAAAACCAACACAAUCUUCUUCGGCAGCUUUGGGCGAUCUCUUUGACUGGUCUGCUCCUGCUCAACCAGCUCCGUCUAAGCCAACCCCUGUACCUUCAUCAACUACUGGCUCUAUCUUCAACCUCUCCGCAACCCAAUCAAAGCCGGUCCCCGCACCAGUGCCAGUUACAAGUACGACCGCCUCUUUGAGCACAUCUGCAUUUAACAAUUCGGAUGUCUGGGGGAAUGCGUGGAGUGCUCCUGAACCCAGUCCGGCUGCAGCUCCCAAGAGUCCAUUAGCAGCUAAGUCCCCUAUAAGCGGCGGUAAUGACUUUGGCGCCUGGGGCAAUACCGGCGGAUCAUUUGCUAGUCAGAGUUUAGUGCCUGGUACCUCUGGAGGGUUUACUGCUGCCCCAAAGGUGGCAGCGGACGAGGAAUUCGGAGGUUGGACUAGUAGCACAGGUGGAAAUUCCAACAACAACAACGGCGGAUCAAAACCUGGUGGGGGAUUUGGUGGUGAUGAUCUAUUCUCUAAUGUUUGGCAGUAAGUUGCCGGUCGGCUGCCCGGUAUGCUAGGAGAUCAGACGGAAUAGGGGUUUGGUUUGUCAAUUUUUAAGUUGGCCAUCGCUACGACUGCUCGCUAUGCAUGGUCUUACAAAGCUAAUUGUCAAAUACGAGCUUUACACAUAAGG